GAAGAAGAAGACGAAUGCGCGCGCGUCUUGGCAGCGGAAGUGAGGGCCGUCGCUCGCUUCCUUUAAACCGAGUCCGAGCUGCACAGUCCGGGUGUGUUCAGCCCGACAUGUCGGUGUGUUGCGUGUCCGGCUGCAACAACCGACACUCGAAGAGCAAAUUCAAGUUUUUCCGGAUUCCCACCGGGAAGAAACCGUUUCAGGUCCAGAGGAGGCGUCUGUGGCAGAGAGCCAUUCAACGGGCGAGCAACAACAGCUCGGGGCUCACGGUGAAUUCUCGGAUCUGUGGCGCUCAUUUUAUAUCAGGGGAGGUGUCUUUGGACCAUAAGAAUGUGGACUUUAUUCCCUCUGUGUUCCAAUGCAUUAAAAAGAGCCCCAAGAAAAAAGUGAAAAGGUUUAUUUCAACAUUCUACGGUCGUAGAAAAAGGCGGUACCGUAAAAGAAAUGCAGGAAAAGAAGAAGUAAAGUCUCCACCUGAUCCUGUCGACGACCACUCGCCUGUUUUGAUGGAAACUGAAAGUGAAGUUGCACAAGAAUUAGAGGCACCACCCACCCCUUCAGUAGCCAAUGGAGAGGAAACAUUGACCAAAAGGGCCGAGGCUGAAGAAGGAGCCGAAACAAUCACAUCCAAAACAACAUCCAGCCCCAACAAGACAUCCCCAUCAGUGCCAGCAUUCGGCCCCAAACUAGACAAAAUGAAUCCUGUCGUGCUUUUAAAACCUCUAGUUUUACAAGAUGUCUAUCGGCUUCAGCUGUGCAACCGGAACGUCCCCACUGUAUCUCAGCUUGUAAAAGAGGAACAGCUGGAUGAAGAAGAAAAACCCAUUAUCUGUCAAAUGUGUGGAAUGAAAUUCACAAAUCAGACCAGUGUCGCCCAGCACCAGUGUGUAAAACCUGAGGAGCCCUCCUUUCCGUGCAACAUAUGCGAUCGAACUUUCGUUUCAAGUCAUGGCCUCAAGCGGCAUAAACUGCUGCAUGUCAAAGACGGAAGGAAGUGCAACAAGUGUGGCGUUCUGUUCUGUCGACGUCACAGUCACAUUCCAUUCCAGCCUGCUACUAAGGUUGAAGACGAUUCCUCCACUGACGAGUUGCAAAAGGAAGACGAUAAUGUGAUGCCAGAAAACGGAGCGCCGAAGUCUGAUAAAAGCCCGGCUCAGAGCACCGUGACUGUAUCACCAGGGCUGACUACUACUACUACUGUGCCUUCACCUCCUACUAUUACAACUACUGUGCCUACACCUCCUACUACUAUUAUUACUACUGCUGCUGUGCUUACAUCUCCUUUUACUACUGUUGUGCUUACACCUCCUAUUACUACUACUUCCGUGCCUACCCACAAGUUCCCACGUCCGGCGCCGUGCAAAAGAGUCCCAGAAAUAAUAAAACCUGCACCUCCCUCUGCGUCGUGUCCACCUCCACCAGUGGCCGGGCGCUCAAGCAACCCAGAUACCUCGGCUGAAGUUGUGCCACCUCCAAAACUCCCAUCUUCGCUUCAGAUGUUUUCACCUCAGUGCCUCACGUCAGCAUUAUUUCAGGUUGAAAGAAAUUACGAGUAUAUCCUCAGUAAAUCAAAAGAUGUUAAGAAGGAAAUUAAGGAGGAACCGUGUGAGCGGCCGAUCUCACCACAAGAGGAAAUCGUAGAGCAAGUCAAAUACGAGAGAAUUGCUUAUGACCUGGAGAUUGUGGUCUGAUCAAAACCUAGUGGGGGAUAAGUUCUGUUUCUCAUUUUGAAACACAGCCGUGAAUCUGUCCGAAACUUUGUUUUACUAAAGACUGUUUAUCAUCAUAAAGCAAAAAAAACGCUGUUUAACGAAAAUAUAAGUUAAAUUGGGCUUAUUGGGAAGGACCUAUUGUUGUGGUCUACUUUUACCACCUGUAUAUUUUGAAAGGGUUUAGUUUUGUGUUCUCAUGUUAUAUGUUUCCAAAUGUAUGCACACUUUUCUUUAAUACUUCUUUUCUUUGGCAUUUGUUCAGAGUUCAGAGUCUGAUAUAUUUUAAUGUAAGUGACUGAACUCAUCAUGCUGCUAUUUUUUAUACAAUGAGAGUGUUUUAGUUGAGAUUCCGUCACUUCUUAACUACUAAUGAUAUGUUCUAUACUUUGUAAUAAACCGUUUAGUCCAAGUUGUGAACAGGAAUGAAAGAAUGAUCAUCACAUCGAGCAUCCUGAUAGUCACUGGACUCAGUAUUCCCAUCUUUAUGAACGAUAAACUUUGUUUUAUGUCAUAGAAAAAGACACUAGAUCCCUGUCUGCUGCAAGGCGGAGGUUUUGUCGCUGACACUUUGUGAAAUUCAAAAAUAUAUUUGAAUGCACCAUUUUCAUUCCCUGACCUUAGAGCCCUCGAAGCGGAACUUACAAACCAGCAUCAAUAUUUUUAAGUAGUUAAAUUUGCAAAUUAUAUCUUGUUCGCUUUACCUCAUCUCCUCAAUUCAGUGAAGCAGAUGGAUUACAAGAACCUAAAACUAACUUGCUACUAAUUUGAAAACAUAUCUCAUAACUACAUUGUGUAAAUAUCAGGUCGAUUUUCUUUUGGACAAAGGGAAAAAACGAUGGAAGAAACCAACUGAAAUGUG